AAGGGCCAGCCACCACACAGCAUAUCUGUACCAAAAUAUCAAAACUCACUACUGCAACUACAACUAUCUUACUACUCAAAAAGUUGCCUUUAUAAUCUUGAAAUACCAAGGAAAAGAAAAAUGAGUGCUCUCCACAUAAACAUAUAUGGGUUACCUUCUUCUUCUUCUUCUUCUUCUUCAUCACUCUCUUCCUACUUCCCUUCCAAUGCCAGAACUUGCACAACCCUUAAGGCCACUAGAGUGAAAACCAGAGCCCUUAGCACAAUCCCGGAGACUCAAUCUCCGGCCACAGAGCCAGAUGAACCACCCUCCGUUGAUUUUGCAUUUGUUCAUUCAGUAUUACUUCCCGAUGGAACACCAGAUACACACUUCAGAACAGCUUGUGGUGGCCAGAAGCUUAGAGACAUAAUGCUGGAUUCUAAUAUUGAGCUAUACGGACCAUAUGCAAAACCUUUAUCGAAUUGUGCAGGAGGAGGAACUUGUGGGACUUGCAUGGUGGAGGUUAUAGAUGGGAAAGAGCUUCUAAGCCCUCGUACGGACAAAGAGAAGGAAAUACUCAAAAGGAAACCAAAGAGCUGGAGACUUGCUUGCCAAACAAGAGUUGGCAAACCAGAUUCCAGAGGCCUGGUUGUCAUUCAGCAGCUGCCUGAAUGGAAAGCCCAUGAGUGGAAGUAUGAAAAGGAAUUGCCUUUAGAUUCACCUUGACAGGAGAGUAUCAUGUAAUCUGAACUGUUAGGCUGUGUUUGGUUUAAAUGCUAAUUUUUUAAAUUUGUGAAUGAGAAAAUUUUAGAUGAAAACAAUAUUUUUAAGUUUAUACC